AUGAGCGCCGAGCAAAUGCACCCGGCCUUUUUGGCCUUGGCCGACUCUGAACAAGAACAAGGUUCUUCACCUGAACUGUGGUUCGAGACAAGGCAACAGCAAACAAUCGGUGGACGCAAAUCACUCGGAGAUUGGCUCAGCGCAGGAGAAGUGCAGAAUCAUGCCCUUGGUCAGCAGAGUGCAGCAGCAGAAAGCGUGGACCUUACCACCAAUUGUCUGUUGUCUGAGUCCUGGAUCAAUGGGAGCAAUAGCAAAGAAGGGACUUACUUCUUCUCCGCCGCCAGGCAGCAUAAUCUUCCUCGUAUUGUCAGUGCAAACCAUGGGCGGGUGCUUCCCAACAACCAACCUGACGCCGUCUACCCGCAGCAAGCCUCGCACCAGCCAUUGCUGUUGUAA